AUGGACGACUAUGACAUGAGGUCAGCGGCCAGUAUCCUGGCCUCGGUGAAGGAACAGGAGGCCCGUUUCGAGCGUCUGACUCGUGCCCUUGAGGAGGAACGCCGAAACGUCUCCCUCCAGCUGGGCGGGGCUAAGCUGGGUGCCAGCCAGCCGUUGCCGUGGCAACAGGUGGUCAUGCAGGAGCAGAGCCCUAGCAACCAGACGUCACUGUCCAUGAUGCAAGAGCCACAGGAAGUGGUGGAGGAGACGGUGACCAUUGAGGAGGAUCCUGGGACGCCCACCUCUCACGUCUCCGUGGUAACCUCUGACGACGGAACCACGCGUCGCACCGAGACCAAGGUGACUAAAAUGGUGAAGACGGUGACGACGCGGACUGUCCGGCAAGUUCCGCUGGGUCCGGAUGGCCUUCCCGUCCCAGAGGGUUCUUCUCCGUUGGGCAGCUACACGGACUCUAUCGACCGUCGGUUCAUGAAGAACGGCGACCGCUACAUGGCUCCACAGGGCUCCUCCACCCUCACGCGUACCUACAACAACUUUGCCGACUCUUACAGUGAGACCCCCGAACCCCCGUACCGCCCUUACGUCCUCCAUGACAGCUACGGAGACAUGACUGACAACUACGGCAGCCUAUCACGCGGCAUCAACUACCGCCCCCGCUAUCCCUACAUGGCUGGAGGCGGCUAUCGUCCCGAAAACAGCUACACUUUGCCCAUCCGCAAGGAUGACUACGGCCACGUGGCUCAGCCCCAGGUACCAAUGGGCAGCAGUACCGUGGAUCUGAACCGGUCCCAGCCAGAACGUUUUCAACCGGAACCGUACGGUUUGGAGGACGACCGUCGCAGCCUGGGCCCAGACGAGGAGGAGCCAUACGACCUGGAACCCGAUUACUCCACAGCCAAUCGCCGCACGCUGCCCACCGCCGGACGAGUCCUGAGAGAAGGUGCGUAUGAUGAUCCUAUAGAAGCAGAGCUGAUUGAUGAGAGACACCCGUACAUCCACGGCAUGUACCCCGCCCCCUUGGCCCAGCCCGAGAGGGGCAGCAUGGCCAGCCUGGACCGCAUGGGCGGCCGCCGCUCCCCUUCCAUCGACAGCAUCCGCAAAGAUCCGCGAUGGCGAGACCCCGACCUCCCGGAGGUCAUCGCCAUGCUGGGCCAUCCCAUCGACCCGGUCAAGUCCAACGCCGCCGCCUAUCUGCAGCACCUCUGCUACGAGAACGACAAGAUCAAGAAAGACGUGAGACAGCUGAAGGGAAUCCCGGUUCUGGUGGGUCUCCUGGACCAUCCCAAACCCGAGGUCCAUCGCAAAGCGUGCGGAGCCCUGCGCAACAUCUCCUACGGAAAAGAUCACGACAACAAAGUGGCCAUCAAAAACUGCGACGGAAUCCCGGCUCUCAUCCGACUCCUGAGGAAGACCAGCGACAUGGAAGUCCGGGAACUUAUUACAGGCACACUGUGGAACUUGUCUUCUUAUGAACCGCUGAAGAUGGUGAUUAUAAACCACGGGCUGCAGACGAUGACCAACGAGGUAAUCAUCCCACACUCGGGCUGGGAGCACGAACCCAACGAGGACUCCAAACCACGCGACGCCGAGUGGACCACCGUCUUCAAAAACACCUCCGGGUGUCUGAGGAACGUGAGUUCAGAUGGGGCGGAGGCUCGUCGGAGGCUCAGAGAGUGUGAGGGACUCGUCGACGCCCUUCUCCACGCCUUACAGUCUGCCGUGGGCAAGAAAGACAUGGACAACAAGUCGGUGGAGAACUGUGUGUGUAUCAUGAGGAACUUGUCCUAUCACGUGCAUAAGGAGGUACCAGGGGCAGACAAGUUCCAGGAUCCCUCGGCUGCGCAGACACCUGGAUCUGCAGGCACGCAGAGGAAGAAGAAGGACGAUGCCGGCUGCUUCGGGGGCAAAAAGGCCAAAGAGGAAUGGUUUAAUCAAGGGAGGAAAAAUGGAGACAAUGAGAAAAACUACGACACGCUGGACCUGCCCAAGCGUACAGAGCCCACUAAAGGCUUUGAGCUGCUGUACCAGCCGGAGGUGGUGAGGCUGUACCUGUCUCUGCUCACAGAGAGUCAGAACUUCAACACUCUGGAAGCUGCAGCAGGGGCUUUGCAGAACCUCAGUGCUGGACAAUGGAUAUGGUCCAACUACAUCCGUGCGACGGUGCGUAAGGAGAAGGGCCUGCCCAUACUGGUGGAGCUACUUCGCUCGGACUCAGACAAGGUGGUGCGGGCCGUGGCCAUCGCCCUGAGAAACCUGUCAAUUGACCGACGUAACAAAGACCUGAUAGGGAGCUAUGCCAUGAGGGACCUGGUCAGUAACCUGCCCAGUGGUCAGCAGCGACCAGCCAAGAACCUGGAGGAGGACACGGUGGUGGCCAUUCUCAACACCAUCCACGAAAUCGUGACGGACAGCUCGGAGAAUGCUCGCUCGCUCAUCUCUGCCCAGGCCAUCGAAAAACUGGUGGCCAUUAACAGGACGAGCCAAUCGGCACGAGAGACCAAGGCCGCGUCUCACGUUCUACAGACGGUUUGGAGCUACAAAGACUUAAGAGGCACUCUGACCAAGGACGGAUGGAACAAAACACAUUUCCAGCCCAUGGCAACCAGCGCUCCCAAAGGCUCCAAGAGCGGCAAGCCAGGCUACGACGACACCACCCUACCCCUGAUGGAGAAGAACCAAGGCAACAAGGAAAGAGGCAGUGCUGAUAUGAUACCUAUGGAUGAGCUUGGUCCAGAUGGAUAUUCCACUAUUGACCAGAGGGACAAAGACUGCAAGUACAAAACCAGCGAUGGGUCCUCAGACAUGACAGAACGAGAACCACUUAAGGUAAGAACCGAACCCCAGCCGCGGACUAAUAGACCUACUGUCAAUCUGCUGGAUGCUUGUGAUGUUAAACCUCAACCUGUUGACUCCUGGGUCUAAG